ACAACGUUCUGGAGAUUCGUUCACUUUGUCUUCGUUGAUGCUUACAGAGUAAAAUAUAAAUCUUAAACCGACGCCUUCCAAAAAUGAAGCCAUCAAGACUCUCUUCUUCACUUUUUCUAUUGUCUAUUUUGUUCUACUGGUUCCCACCUUCAAUCCAGUUGCUUGCUCGUGGUCGUUUCCUCAAACAAGCUCGAUUCGUUAUCGAUKUUCUACACCAACUGUCCGCCACACCGCUUCAGAUCUACAACGUCAGUAACUCGAUUGACUGUACGUUGAAAUGCAUUGAACAUGACCAGUGUUUGUCGUUUAACAUGGCAGUCAAUACUACGGGAGGAUUCAAACUCUGUCAACUUCUUCCUACUGACAAGUACGAAUCCUCUAUUGAAUUCAAACCAAGUUCUGAGUUCAACUAUCAUCACAUUAAUGUUGGUUUGGAACGAGGAGUACUCAACCCUUGUAGGAAUGGAGGAACGCUUAUUUUGCUCUAUUGGACGGGGAACUUCCAGUGUGCAUGUUCGGCCAUAUAUAUCGGAAAUUAUUGUGAAUGGAUUAAACUUAACAGAAAUCCAGUUCACUUGGAGGCCAAGGAUAACAAAUUCGGCCCAUUCAAUGCCAUUCAGUCUGGUCAAAUCUUGAAGUUCAAACUCGUCUAUAUCUCUGGAGGGAUGUCAUGCUGGAUCACUGAGCCCGGCUAUGAGAUCACAAAGUUUGGCUGUGGUCCUAAUCUUGCAGUUCUCAUCACCAGCACAUCUAAUAAUAUCAUCUCCCCAAACCCAUCAUACGUAACCCGAUAUAUGAACUACAAUCUCCCAGGAGUUGCAAGCAAUGACACAGAMAUAAUCCUGCCUGAGAUACACCCGCCAUUACACGUGAAAGCCGCACAAGAGUUCAGGCUGUGGUAUGGAGAAGAUCUUACUGACCAACCCGAACAUGACAAUGUUGGAACAUUGGACCUUGAUGUCUAUGCGUUUUAUGCAUAAGACGCCAAAAUGGAGGACAUGGAACUGCUAGGUGUACAUGGAUCACUUAGUAGUUUGUAGAAUCUUUAGAGAGGGAUGUAGUGGUACAUUGGUCAUUUUGUAGUUUGUAGAAUCUUCAAGGAGGGAUGUAGGGGUACAUGGGUCAUUUUGUAGUUUGUAGAAUCUUUUAGGAGGGAUGUAGGGGUACAUUGGUCAAUUUGUAGUUUGUAGAAUCUUCAAGGAGGGAUGUAGUGGUACAUUGGUCAAUUUGUAGUCUGUAGAGUCUUGAAGGAGGGAUGUAGUGGUACAUUGGUCAAUUUGUAGUUUGUAGAAUCUUGAAGGAGGGAUAUAGGGAUACAUUGGUCAUUUUAUAGUUCGUAGAAUCUUGAAGGAGGGAUGUAGGGGUACAUUGGUCAUUUUGUAGUUUGUAGAAUCUUUUAGGAGGGAUGUAGGGGUACAUUGGUCAUUUUGUAGUUUGUAGAAUCUUUUAGGAGGGAUUUAGGGGUACAUGGGUCAUUGGGUAGUUUGUAGAAUCUUGAAGUGGGGAUGUAGUGGUACAUAGGUAAUUUUGCAGUUUUUAGAAUCUUUAAGGAGUGUUGUAGUGGUACAUUGGUCAUUUUGUAGUUUGUAGAAUCUUUAAGGAGGGAUGUAGGGGUACAUGGGUCAUUGUGUAGUUUGUAGAAUCUUUUAGGAGGGAUGUAGGGGUACAUGUGUUAUUUUGUAGUUUGUAGAAUCUUUAAAGAGGGAUGUAGGGGUAUAUGUGUCAUUAUGUAGUUUGUAGAAUCUUGAAGUAGGGAUGUAGGGGCACAUGGGUCAUUUUGUAGUUUUUAGAAUCUUUAAGGAGUGUUGUAGUGGUACAUUGGUCAUUCUGUAGUUUGUAGAAUCUUGAAGGAGAGAUAUAGGGGUACAUGGGUCAUUGUGUCGUUUGUAGAAUCUUUAAGGAGGGGUGCAGGGGUACAUGGGUCAUUGUGUAGUUUGCAGAAUCUUUAAGGAGGGAUGUAGGGGUACAAGGGACAUUGUGUAGUUUCUAGAAUCUUUUAUGAGGGAUGUAGGGGUACAUGGGUCAUUUUGUGGUUUGUAGAAUCUUGAAGUGGGGAUUUAGGGGUACAUGGGUCAUUUUGUAGCUCGUAGAAUCUUUUAGGAGGGAUGUAGGGGUACAUGGGUCAUUGUGUAGUUUGUAGAAUCUUUUAGGAGGGAUGUAGGGGCACAUGGGUCAUUUUUUAGUUUGUAGAAUCUUUAAGGAGUGUUGUAGUGGUUUAUUGGUCAUUUUGUGGUUUGUAGAAUCUUUAAGGAGGGAUGUCGGGGUACAUGGGUCAUUGGGUAGUUUGUAGAAUCUUUAAGGAGGGAUGUAGGGGUAAAUGGGUCAUUUUGUAGCUUGUAGAAUUAUUAAGGAGGGAUGUAGGGGUAAAUGGGUCAUUGUGUA